CUUAAAUUUUGAAUGUUUAAAUUUUAGAUUUUAAGAGUUUUUGUGUUUUUUUGAACAAGUAAUAGGAAUGAUAUGUGUUACAUCGUGUGAUUUUUUUAAACUGCAAUGCUACUGUUAAUCUAAACUUUUUAUGAAGCCUUAUUUUGUACAUUUAACUGUUUGUCUAUUGCAAUCUUAACUUACAUUUCUCUGCAUUUAACAUAACUUAAAAUGUGUUCUUCAAGAUCAGGUACAUACAAAAACAAAACAAAAAAUGACAAUAAACAAGAAAUAGACAAUUAAGGGAAAUAAUAAUAUGGAGACGGUAAUGGCACACACUGGCACACACUGAGAUUUUUUAAUAUUUUCCGUAGUUUACUUUCAAAGCGAAUCGAUUGUGGGUUCAAAUGAUUAAAACAGCAUGAUAACAUACUGGACAAUCAUAUUUAAAACAGAUGUAUGUAGCUACAAAUCAUAUGAUCACAAUGCAAAUUUUUGUUGAGAUAAAGAGUUGUAGAAUCUAGUUACCAAUAGAAAUGAGUGAACUUUUGUGAAUUUACCUCUUUCCCAUGUGAAUAACACCUUGUCAAUAGUGAAUUCUGCCUCUUGUUCUCUGGGAGUAUGACAUCACAUUCUUGAAGACAAAAAACACUACUUGUGAAAGAAAAUCCAUAGACAAAGCUGGAUUUCUGGAGGAAUGGAAUGCAAACAAAUCAGCAGGCUCAUUCUUCUGAUGACAGUUAUAGGUGUUCCAUGUUACUUAGCCGAUUAUAUAAAAAUAGAGACAACCUCACUGACUGCUGUUCAGGGGACAUGUGUUGAGAUCAGAUGUAAAGUCACUGGAGUUUUACCUGAUGAAGAUGCUCUGUGGUUCUGGAUGAAGGAUGGAAAAUGGGAUGAAGGCAAACUCAGUGGCACCACUGUUUACAGUAACAAGCCCACAGAACAACACAUCAGUCCACAGUUUAGACAUCGAGUCAAUUACACUGGAUCUACACGAUUAGAGAAUACAGCCUUAUCCUCCAAUAAUCCAUCAUGCAGUGUUAAAAUCUGUAAUCUGACAGAACAGGACAGUGGAGAGUAUUUUUUCAGAUAUAUCUCUAAGGAGCGGGACUUUAAAUGGAGUACAUGGAAUAAUGCUGUCAUUACAGUCACAGAAAACCCAUGUCCAAUCACAUUCAACAAACCAGCAUCUGUAGAAGAGUCUCAAACCAUCACUCUCACAUGUUCUACUCCGAGUUCAUGUUCUGAAAACUUGGAAAUUCAAACUGUUCCUCCGUCUGGUUUAAGAACAUCUCAGUAUGGUUAUAGUUAUUCUGUUACUGCAUCCUACAGAGCCUCAUGGACGGACGACGGCAAAGAGUUCACCUGUCAAACACGAGGAAACAAGAACCCACAGCUGAUGAAGAAGAUCACGAUCUCAGUGGAGUAUUCUCCUCAUGGAACACAGGCAGUAAUGAGCUCCACUAGUGUUAAAGAGGGUCAUUCUGUAACUUUGACUUGUUCGGCCAAAGGAAAUCCGGCCCCAGUCUUUACCUGGUACAAGAACAACCAGAGGAGGUCCUCCUCUCACAGUGGAGCCAUUUGGAAAAUUGACUCAGCUCAGACUGAACACAGUGGAGAGUAUGUUUGUACUGCUCAAAACAAACAUGGGACAGAAAGAUCCAACUCUGUCCACAUAGAUGUUCAAUAUGCACCUGUUGUAGAGGUGAGAGUGUCUUCACCUCAACCUCCAUAUAAACAAGACCAGACACUUACACUCAGCUGUACUGUGAUCCGGAGCAACCCCCAUCCUCAUAGAUAUAACUGGUAUAAAAAUGAUCAGAGAGUGUCCUGGGGACAGACGUAUGUUAAGACUCUGCAGCCUGAAGACAGUGGCUCUUACACAUGCUCCGCUGAAAACACUGUGUCCUCUGCAAAGUCAGGACCUCUGCAGAUAGAUGUUGAGUACAAACCAAAGAACACCAACAUUGAAAUAGUUGGUCAGAGCAGAGAAGUAGCAGUGGGUCACUCUGUGACUCUCAAAUGUAACAGUGAUGCCAACCCUCCUCCUCACACAUACUACUGGUAUAAAGGCAGUCAAUAUCUUCAGGGAAUAAGUGAAAACAGACUGGAGAUGAAGAAAGUGCAGAGAGCAGACGAGGGCUGCUACAGCUGCAAAUUGCCACCAACAAACACGGAUCAGGCUACAGCACAAACCUGUGUAUAUUCUCCCACCAGUCUGACUCUGUCCAUGGACUCAGAGGUGACAGAGGGACAGAAUGUCUCCAUCACAUGUCGUGUGGACAGUUCUCCAGUGUCCACCCUGACCCUCAGCAGGACCUCACAGGGUUCUCCAGUGGAGCUGCUCAGAGACACUGAGCACAACUCUCUGAUCUACUCUGUCACUGUGACCUCUGCCCAUUCAGGAGAAUACACCUGCUCCGCCCACAACAGUGUGGGCUCAGACAGCACCAAGAGGUCACUCACCGUCAAAUAUGCUCCUCAGAAGGUGAGAGUCCAGGCUGAUCCAGGUCUGAUGGUCAAAGAGAACACAACACUGACGUUACACUGCAGCGCUCUGAGCCAUCCUCCUGUGAGCUCAGUGACCUGGAGCAGGGGCCCCACGGGGCAGGAGUCCCUUGUGCACACGGGGCCCACCUUCAGUGUGAGCUCAGUCAGUGUGAACGACAGUGGCCUCUACAGCUGCACCGCCCACAACCAGGUCGGACAAGGAACGUCUCCACCAGCUGAAGUUCAAGUCAUGUUUGGUCCAAAGCAGGCUGUGGUGCUGAGAGCAGAGGAGGAGCAGGGCCCUGAUGGGAGCAGCUCAGUGACUCUGAGCUGCAGCAGCCACAGCUUCCCCCCGGUCAACCUCUACACCUGGUACAGGAGGACGGAGGACGGAGAGCUCAAAGUGUCUGAGAACAUCAACUACACUGUGCUGUCCACACAGCCCGGAGUCUACUACUGCACUGCCAAGAACCAGAUCAGUGAGAGCACGUCUGAGCCAGUCAGCCUCUUUCUACAGGAAAGCUUUGUGAAGUACAUUGGUCUGGCUCUGGUGCCUCUGUUGAUCAUCUUAUGUGCUUUCAUUGUUUACAGACUGAAAAUAAAGGGGUCGUUUGAAGAAGAAAGAACGAACAAAUCAUGGUGGAGGAGUUGCUCAAAGGCUGUGGGACGAUGGCACAGCUCCAGAGGCUGCUCAGAGGAUGUCCAUGCAGAGACACCUGGAAGGAGAGAUGUCCCACCACCUCAGCAGAGAGCAGACAUGAUGAACAGUACAUCCAGUGUCAAUGUUCUUUACUCCACUGUGAACCCCUCCAAAGAUAAACGGAGCCGUCCUGGCACCAGUGAUCAAAACGCAGACUCUCUCUUCUAUGCCUCUUUGCACUUUGACAAGAACCGAUCGGCUAUGAUCCCCAAAGACAGAGAGGAAGUCGUCUACUCCACUGUAAAGAAGCAUCAUGAGGAAGCAGGAGAUGUCUAUGAGAAUGUUAGAAAAAAGGCGGAUUGUUCAGCUGCAGCAGACAGCAGUGAGGAUGAGGUGGAUGUGAAUUACUCCGAGGUGAACUUCAGGAGGAAAGUGACGGCAGCGGAGGAGGAGUACUCAGGGCUCAACUUCUAAACAUAAUUAGGAGCAGUUACGAGAAGCUCACGAAAAACUGUAAAUGAAACCAGGAACACUGUAUUCUUCACCCUUAAGCUGUGUUCAGACCGUAGCAUCAAAAAUAUGCUGGACACCUCUAGUUGGACGCCUUUGCAUUUGAGUUCAGACGCCCCUGAUGUGCGUCUUGGAUGCCAUGGAUGAACAGGAGAAAAAUACUUGAUGCACGUCCAGAGCAUCCACUGUGGUUUGUGAGUGUCUUGUUUUCCUGGUCAAGAGAGUGGUCGAGUUAGUGUAUUUAUUUCACAAAACCCAUCAGCGGAUGGCGAUCAGCACGGCGGCAUAUAUAUAUAUAUAUUUAUACUCUACUUAUGACAUGGUGUAGAUUUCUUGUUAUAGUGUUUGUGGCCCCCGGGUCUUUCUCUUUCUUCUACUUCUUCCAGAUAACAACGUCGCUAUGUUACUAGAUAGUAGUCCCUGAUAAGUGGACUUGGCACGCUUGACAUCAAAAGUUCUGCUUUUUCUACUUCUGACGCCAACGCCUUGGGCAUAUCCAGAGCAUAGAUGCUGACACCUGAAGACGAGCCGCAAAAACUAAAGACACUAUAGACACGCGUCCACAUAAACUUUGCAUAUAAACUGGACGCCUUGAUGCCCAGGUCUGAACUCAGUUUACACUGCCUACAUACGCCGCAUCUCAACCCAUUUUCACUGCAGCAGUAGAACCAUCAGCCUCCUCAGCCUGUCCUUCUCCUCACUCAUCUGUCUCCCCUGGUUGAAUUUCUUUAUUUGUGGUUUAUUUGAGACUGUGGGGGGUCCCUUGAAAUAUUGAGUUGGUGGGUGGUCAUCAUGUAUUAGCUCUGCCUUUCACACAGCUUUUUAAAUUUUGUUUUAUUCUAUUUUUCGGAGGAUUUAUUUUUAAUGUAUGUAUAUAAACUAAAGUUAUUUUUAUUAAACUGGUUUGUAAAGUUA